UUGUAUGUAUUUCACAUGUGUGUGUGUGCUCAUAAUCAGCUGUUAUAAAAAUAAUGCUGAUUUAAAGGAAAUUUACAAGAAAGUAAAUAAAAAAUCAGUAAACAUCAAUUGAAUUACAUUCGUUGUAUACAUCGCGUUUGUUCUUCUUCAAAAUGGCUGAGCAGCGCACUGUGGCAGAACUGUUGGGGGGACAUUGCAGCGAAGAUUACGGCGCAACGACAAUGGACCAAGAUCAAGUUACUGUCGAUAGUAGGGAAGGCACAAAGCAUUAUUCACGUUGCAGCAGUGCGGGUAGUAUACACACACCGAAUUCUUCGCCCCACAAUACAGAUGAUGACGAAGACAGCGGUGAUAACUGUAGUGGCCGUGGGGGCUCAGCAAAUGCGUCCACUCUUAGCUAUAAGGAACGUAGGCGUGAAGCCCACACCCAGGCUGAGCAAAAACGUCGCGAUGCCAUUAAAAAGGGCUAUGAUAGUCUCCAAGAGCUAGUUCCCACUUGUCAGCAAAAUGAUUCAGCUUCGGGUUACAAAUUGAGUAAAGCUUUGAUUUUACAAAAGUCCAUUGACUACAUUGGAUACCUGAACCAGCAGAAAAAGAAGCAAGAGGAGGAGAGUGCUGCCCUACAAAAGGAAGUGAUAGCUUUAAGGAUUAUACAAAAUAGUUACGAGCAUAUGCUGCAACAUCAACAGGCCAAUCCAGGACCUGAAGAAGAGCGUCUAACUGACGAGGCCAAAUUUCAAGUGUUUCAAGCGGUUAUGGACGAAAUGUUUGAAACCUUCCAACACAUACCCAUGGACAAUUUUAAACAAUUAACUACAGGCGUAAUUCCCUGGUUGGAAGAACAUUGCAAACCUCAUAUACUGAGAAAUAUUUUAAGUAGAACGCUACAAGAUAUGUCCCAGCAAUCGAGUCACCAAAGUAUGAGUGUUGAUCAGCAAGAUAGUGAUGGGUUUAGUUGAUUGCGACGAGGCAGCCGCAAACUUACAAUUCAAAGGUCUUAAUGAUUUUUAAAAAAUUAUGUUAAAUAGGUUUUUAAUUCUUAAACUUUUAGUUAAGCAUCAUGCAAUAUAAAAAACUAAAAAAAAAAGUCAGGGCAAACGUAUUCCUUUGUAAGAACAUAAAAAAAAACUAUUUGUAGAACCAAACCGUCUGUGAAGUACAUAUAAAUCCGAGUUCGUUUCUGAUUCAGAAAAUACUUGGAAAAAAAUAUAUUAAUAGAUUUGUAAUAAAAUCCAAAUUUGGCAAUUUAUAAAAAAAAGAAUUAAUAAAAUUCUGUA